UAGACAAGCACUACUGGAAAACAAAAAUGUUCAAAUACAUCCUUAUUGUCGCUUUGAUUGCCGGCGCUGUUCUAGCCGAAGAUGCUGAGAUUUUAAAAUUCAAUUCGGAUGUCAAUGAACAUGGUUUCCAAUAUGAAUAUGAGACCUCCAAUCAUAUUCAUGCUCAAGCUUCCGGUGAUGAGCAUACCGUCAAAGGAGACUUCGAAUGGGAAUCCCCAGAGGGUGAACACAUCAAGGUUAACUAUGUAGCCGAUGAUGAUGGUUACCAUCCACAAAGUGAUGUUUUGCCCACUCCCCCACCAAUUCCAGAGGCCAUCGCUAAGGCUCUUCAAUAUAUCCAAUCCCAUAGCCGUUAA